UAGUCAAGUGUAAUGGUUCUAAAAUUAUCUUCAUCUUUAUCGAAACAACCUUCAAGGUAUUGCUUGAAAUAUUGCCAGGUUUUUUUUCCCUCUGAGGUUAUUUGUAAGAUAUUGAAGCACAUAGUGAAUCGACCGUUAAACGACGGCGUACAGCCAGCACAUAACGAAUAUUUCGUUUUGGUUCCAAGUAAGCUUAAACUUGUGAUAGUAAUACAACGAAUCCGGAAGAAAGUGCGUCUUUAAAUAGUGGACUCAGUGAGGUUCUUCAGAAAUUUCAGCUUCAAGAUCUGAUCAUCAAGCCUACAAAGCAUAGAUAGAUUAACCAACAACACUGCCUUGCAAUGGAUUCAAGGUGUAUCACAGACUUGCCUGAUGAUAUAAAAAAGCAGAUAGCAGCAAUACUGGACGCAUCUGAACAGCCCAACUGGAAAUCACUUGUCCAUGAGGUUAUAAGACACAAGAUACCAUCAUAUAAGGAUCCAUGUCAAGUUUAUGCAAUUGGAAUGGCAACUUUGUCACCAGGAGGAAGCCCAACUCUUAAACUAUUGCAAGACUUGGGACAGUCACAAAUAACUGUGAAAGUCUUCAAAAGCUGGAUCAGUUCCAUGAGUGAAGGGUCACCAGGCUUACAGAAAGUAAUUAGUUUACUAACAUUUUCUCCAACUAUAACUCAAGAUGUUAAAAAAGAAAUACGAGGAAUUCCAGGACAGAAUGUUUACAUACACUGUGAAGCAUUAGGACACAAACCACUUCAAUUUCAAUGGUUUAAAAAAAGAGAACUUCUUCAAGGGGAAACAGGAAAUAAGCUAGAGCUCAAGAGUGUCAGUGAAAGUGAUGGAGGAUAUUAUACAUGCCGCAUUGCAAAUUGUCAUGGUUGUAUUUUCACCAGCUGGGCCAAAUUGAUAAUUGAUGAAGACAGUGGUGCUCACAGCUCUUCACCCUUUGAUUUGCCAAUCAUUACUUCUCAAUCAGACCCUGAUGUUCACAUACUUCUGGGUUCACGGCUAAGCUUAUACUGUGAUGGUGUUGGCAGACCAGCUCCAAGCUAUCAGUGGUUUCAUGAUGAUUCUCCCAUCCCGGAAGCAACACACAGAUGGUUGAUAAAAAACAAUGUUUCUGCAGAAGAUCAUGGAUUUUAUCAUUGUAAAGUGUACAACACUGCUGGGGAAAUGCAUUCACACAAUUUUAAAGUGACUAUUGAAAGUUUGCAAGUUAAUAUUGACAAUCUUACCACAGCCAGAGAUUCCUAUACACGUGGUCCGCGUGAUCGAGUCGCAAAUAAAGUUGCCCUGUUAAUUGGAAAUAAAGAUUACGGCAAUCAACAACUCGGAAAGCUUUUUCAUCCAAUCAAUGAUGUUUUUGACUUUACAGGCAGACUUAUCAAUAUGGGUUUCAAAGUGGUUUCAUUAGUAAACCUAACACUGGAGGAGAUGAGAGUAGCUCUUGCGGAGUUCUGCAAGCUUCUUGUCGAAGAUACCUAUGCUGUGUUCUACUUUGCUGGCCAUGGUUUUGAACGCGGUGGAUUAAGCUAUCUAAUGCCAGUCGAUGCCACGCCUUUAUAUCAUUGGCAAGAGAACAUGGCUUCAGCUGAAGUACUUAAGGCCAUGCAAGAAACUAAGGCAAAGUUAAAGCUUGUGUUGCUGGACUGCUGCAGAACAGAACCGGAUUACGUAGCGCAGAACAGUCCAUUACUUAGUGGGGAUUUACAAGAUAUAAAAGAACCAAAUGUGGUAGUAGCAUUUGGCUGUUGCCCGCGUUCAAGUGUGUUUGAAUGUGAGCAGGAGAAGAAUGGCUUUUUCGCGAAGCACCUCCUGAAAGCUAUUUCAGAUGAACACAGGAAUAAAUCCGUCGAAGAAGUUUUGUUACAUGUUAGUCGUGGUAUACACGAAGAGAACCUCGUGGACUAUCUUACAAAUCAAAAACAGAUUGUGAACAGGAUAACCACUUCAGUCAAACCUAUGAGUCUCUGGACCCCUGUGGACAACAUCUCAUUGAAUCCGUCCGCUGAAGAAGCAACUGCAAAGUGGAAAUCAGCUCAUGAAAUUCCAAAUGAUCCAGUUACCGUCUAUCAAGAUGAUAAAGUGAGGGUUGAGUUGAUUUUUAACGCAGAAGUGUCAAAUGUCUUGAUAGUGAAUGCACGAGCGCUGGGAGAGGACAGCUUGGACUCAAAUGUCACGUUUGAGAUGUCGAAUGUUGUGAGUGGAUGCUGUGUCGCGCGAGGUGACAUGUUGGGAAAAAAAUGCCGGCCAUCAGAAGCGACGUUAAAAGUCAAAGACCUUCAACGGCUUACGGGACCGUUAGUCUUUAAACUGACUUGUAUAUAUACAGUCAACGGAGAAAGACAGCUAAAGUCGAUUAGUUACACAAUGGAAGAAAAACCUCUCUAUGCUAAGCUGGUAACACGUUGGUGACAAAUCGAAAGAUCGAAGACAUCACUCUGGUCUCCCACGAGUUCAAGGAGAAGUAGGCUCCUGAAAUAAUAUAUAUAAUUUUUGCCUUCGAAAUUAAAAAGUAGACAUGAAAUUAGGACUUGAACCGCAUUUGAGAUUCACGAGAGUAACCUAAUGUUUCCAAAAUUGUUUUCUUAACAGAGUGUUACUCAUCUUGUUUCAGCUCUAUUGGCGAUCUGUGUAGAAUUAGGAUCUGAACGAAAGAACAUUCAUUACUAAGUUAAGAACUUUUUUUUUGUGUAUGACGUAAUGUUCAGAACAUGUCACCGGCCAUGCCAUGCCAUGCUAUGCCAGUACCAUUUCAACCGCUUCGUGCUCUGAUAUAAGUUCAUAACGGAGUAUAUUUGUAUAACGAAUAUAUUUGUCUACUUGAUAUAUUUAAAGAAAUAUGUUUUUUUUUCGUCAUGUCAUGAGCGUGGAAUCAAGAAAAAAAAUUGAGUUCCCGCGAGGAAUCAAACGUCAGACGUUCAGAUUCCGGACCGCGAUGCUCCACUAUUGAGCCAUUGCUAAGUUCAUAUGUGAUACGCGUUCUGAUACACACUUUAAGAUACUUUGCUGAUCAACAGUGUCGAAAGCUCCACGUGAGUUAAUAGAAAAUAAUCGUUAAGAAAGAUAACUUAAGUCUGAGCUCGGUUGUGAUGAAGAAAUAUUAUUUAAUUAGCAAAAUUAAGCGUACUUUGGGAAAAUGAUCUCUUAAAGGGAUUAUGAUACACUGAGUUUCUUUUGCGUUCUAGAGAUUAGAUCCUCAAUUAAAAUGAACCUUGAAAAGAUAUUUUACUGCUGUAGACGAACUACUAAGGGGCGAGAAUGAGCCGAAAACUUAUGUAAAUGUUGAACGAUGGAGAAGAUUCAAAAGGAUUUCAAUUCACAAAGUUGAAAAAUUGGCAUCAACAUUGACGCACCGUCAUUCAGCAGCAUCGACGUUUCUUGCAAUAUCCAUUUAACCCUUUAACUCCCAAGAUCUCAUGGAUUGUCAAUUCUCCCCUCUAGCUGCUACACAUUUCUAUGUAAAUCAGUGAUAAGAAUUUGGUGUUAGAUCAAGAUAACAACUUCUACCGGAUAAGUUUGAGUAUUCUAAUCACCUGUUUCCUAGAGAUUGCAGUAAUAGGAAAGGGAGAAUUUACAUGUCAAUCACCUCUGGGAGUUAAAGGGUUGGAAAGCGCACAGCGUUAAACCAUUUUAGUUUGGAUCUUUUGAGACGAUAUUUAAAAUAAAGGCUAUGUUUUUCAGUAUUUCAGACAAAUUAACAAUAUCAUGUUGAAAAGUACUUUCUGAAAUAGUUCGUUAUGAAAUAAUAAACAAAGCUAUAAGCGAAAUUGUUUCAGAUAUAGUCCAACCAUAUUUAAAUCUUAAUUAAUACAUUUUAUUGCUUUGAACAUUGUAAAUUCUGCAACCUUUAAAUAGUACUUUUUAGAGACUAUUGUAGAUAAGAAAUUUUGCUGUGAAUUCAGUUUGCUGACUCAAGCCGGCGUCAAGAAGAUAUUGGAUAGUUUUUUCAAAGCUCUAUUUGUUUUUGUCACAGACAUAAACAUUUAUUGUAUCUAGGUUAUUUGAGGUAUUAGAAUAAAACAAAUUCCU